CGGAAGUGACGCACAUAGCUGGCUUUGUGCAUCCACUGACGGGACAACAUUGUAUUAAUUAAUUUGUAGCGGUAGAGAAUCGCUGCUAUUCUGAUCCCGUGCUAGCACAGAUUACAUGCAUGCUGCUCUAGUACUGGUGGAGGUAUGGAUGAAGAGGACACGAGGGAUUAUAAACAGCCUUGCCCCCAGUGUGCAGAAGUUAACUGGGGAAUAUCUGAUGAAGGGAAAUUCUUUUGCAAGUCAUGCCAUACUGUCAUAGAGAAAACAAAAGAAGCUGAUGUGUCACUCUGUUUUGCUCAAAAUACUAAGAUCCAAUCUCUUUCCAGAGGUAUAAAACGGAAACAAACAAAUGAAAAGGGAUGGGAAUGGUAUAUCUGUGAAGGCUUUCAGUUCAUACUGCUGAAACAAGCUGAAUCUCUCCAGGCUUUGGGACUGAACCCAAUGAUCAAGGAUGAAGCGAUGUGCAACUUCUGGAGGCGAUAUCUUCAGAAGAGUAGGCAGGCAUACACCAAAAGGCCAUAUAUGGAAUCGCAGACAACAUUUAGGAUAUCUGAAAGCAGCGCUACUAGUUCGGAGCAGGAUUCGCUAUCACAAACCAUAAGUUUGGAAACUUCGUCCGCUUCUGAAUCUGAUUAUAUGUCAGAUAGUAGUGCAGUGCUUUCCUCAGAAAGUGCUGCUUCUGUACAAACUGGAUCUAUAGAUGGUGCAUCAUACGCUAAACUGUGGAAAAUAGGAGAUUUAAAAAUGUCAAUGCCCAUGACCGUGGCUUUCUGCUACCUCUCAUUACUUUGGAUGAGAGAGUCAAUAACACUGUCUAACUUGUUGUGGCUUAUUUUUAACGACUGCAUCCCAUACGCCAAUGCUGUGGAGGCUUUCCCAGAGGGAACCAAGCUUUAUGGACCUGAUAUCCGAAUAUUUCAACCCCGGUCCUUUCCCGAUUAUGAAGAUGUAAUGAAAAAAACUCUUGCACUUGGAAAAUUUUUGGACCUACCACGAUUUCCUGAAAUAACAGAAAAAUGUUUUCUUCAUCCUCAUAUUCUGUGUAUGAAGUACAUGAUGGAAAUCAACUUACCAGAUGAACUCCACCAUUGGACCCACCGGAUAGUAAAGAAAGCUGGUCUUGAUAAACCUAAUGUUUUGACAUUCGACCCUGUGCAUAAAAGAAAUAUCUACUAUGAUGUAGAAGCUGCUGCCAUAAUUAUCGUGGUUCUAAAGAUCCUAUUUAUACUAGAUGACAAAAAAGAGUGGUGGAUAUCACGCAAAUCUGCAGUGGCAAACCGAAAGAAUAAAGACAAAAUUUGCUUUGAUUUCCAAAAAUGGUACAAUACCAUGAAGAUCUGUAUUGAUGAAGCAAAACAGAAAGUGGAUGAACAACUUGCCAGGUACACUUGGAUCACUCAGAAAGCAUUGUAUUAUUCACAGAAGUCUAAAAGUGGCAUUCUGAAAAAGAAACAGAUGGUAGGGAACCUGCAAAUGCAGUUUAGCAAGUUGGCUGGAACUGCACCAGGUGCUGGGAACGAAGCCCCAUCAAGUUUCUUCUUCAACUGGGAAGAGCAAAACACAGGCAGGACUUGUUUUCAUGGACACAGCCUGGAGGGUUUUGUGAAACAUGGGAACAAAACGACCCCUUUCCUAAUGAAAUAUUAUUGGCUGAGUUCACUGAAGAAAUGUACCGGGAUUUGUGAACAACAGAAGCAUUACGACAAGUCUAAAUAUCCUCACAGUUAUCACUUCGUUUUAUCUCUCUUUUCUUUCUUGCUAAGGGUGGAUGAGUCGGUCAUCCAUCAGAAGGUGGGAGAAAUUGAAAAAAUGGUUUUUCAGAUAAAAGCUAAAAAGAAAAAGAAAAAGAGAAAGCACAGAAGAACCAAACCGGCAUAGCCAGUUUAUUUUCUUUCAUUUCGAUUUGUGUGAAUAAUAAAAGCUGAAAAUGUGCCAUUUUUGUAUUAAAAUAAAUCUGUUCAGUACAGAA